AUGGCUUCCAAAAGGAAAGCCUCGGCUAUGGCAACUGCCGCCCCCGACGAGCCUGUUGACCCCGCCGACGAGCUGAUUUUUACCUGUCUCGGUGGUGGCAACGAGGUCGGCCGGUCCUGCCAUAUCAUCCAAUACAGGGGCAAGACCGUCAUGCUCGAUGCCGGCCAGCAUCCCGCAUACGAUGGUCUUGCUGCGUUGCCGUUCUUUGAUGACUUCGACCUGAGCACCGUAGAUGUGCUGUUGAUAAGCCAUUUCCACAUCGACCAUGCGGCAUCUCUGCCGUACGUCCUGGCAAAGACCAACUUCAAGGGUCGCGUCUUCAUGACACAUCCGACCAAGGCCAUCUACAAGUGGCUCAUGCAAGAUAGCGUCCGCGUUGGCAACACAUCGUCGAACCCAACAUCGCAGCCUGUCUACACAGAACAGGACCAUCUCAACACGUUCCCCCAGAUCGAGGCCAUCGACUACUACACCACACACACUAUCUCAUCGAUCCGCAUCACUCCGUACCCGGCCGGCCACGUGCUGGGCGCGGCAAUGUUUCUGAUCGAGAUUGCAGGACUCAACGUCUUCUUCACGGGCGACUACUCGCGCGAGCAAGAUAGGCAUCUCGUCUCGGCUGAGGUGCCGCGGGGCGUCCAGAUCGACGUACUCAUCACCGAGUCGACAUACGGCAUCGCGUCGCACGUGCCCCGCAUGGAGCGUGAGCAAGCCCUCAUGAAGUCUAUCACGGGCAUCCUUAACCGAGGCGGCCGUGUGCUCAUGCCCGUCUUCGCCCUCGGCCGCGCCCAAGAGCUGCUACUAAUCCUGGACGAGUACUGGGAUCGCCACUCCGAGUACCAAAAGGUGCCCAUCUACUACGCCAGUAACCUGGCGCGCAAGUGCAUGGUCGUCUACCAGACCUACGUCGGCGCCAUGAAUGACAACAUUAAGCGCCUGUUCCGCGAGCGCCUGGCCGAGGCCGAGGCCGCGGGCAACGUCGGCACCGGUGGCGGGCCCUGGGACUUCAAGUUCAUCCGCUCGCUCAAGAAUCUGGACCGCUUCGACGACCUUGGCCCCUGCGUCAUGCUUGCCAGCCCCGGUAUGUUGCAGACGGGCGUCAGCCGCGAGCUGCUGGAGCGCUGGGCGCCGAGCGACAAGAACGGAGUAGUCAUCACGGGUUACAGCGUCGAGGGUACCAUGGCCAAGCAGAUCAUGCAGGAGCCUGAUCAGAUCCACGCCGUGAUGACGCGGAAUGCAGCGGCGGCAUCUCGUAGGGCUGACGGCGAGAAGCUCAUGAUUCCGCGGCGCUGCAGUGUUGCCGAGUUUUCAUUUGCCGCCCAUGUGGACGGCACUGAAAAUAGGGAGUUCAUCGAGGAGGUUAACGCUCCAGUUGUGAUCCUCGUCCAUGGAGAGGUCAACAAUAUGAUGAGGCUAAAGUCGAAGCUACUGUCACUCAAUGCAAACAAGACGGAAAAGGUCAAGGUCUUUAGCCCGAGGAACUGCGAGGAGCUGCGCAUCCCUUUCAAGGCGGACAAGAUGGCCAAGGUUGUGGGGAAACUAGCAGCCAUCCCUCCUCCGACAAAGCUCCCUCCGGCAGACGGGGGUCUCGACGGCCCACUACAGCAACAGCAGCAACGACUCAUUACGGGUGUGCUGGUGCAGAACGACUUCAAGCUAUCGCUGAUGGCGCCCGAGGACCUGCGCGAGUACGCCGGCCUGACGACGACCACCAUCGUCUGCCGGCAGCGCAUCAGGCUCAGCGCCGCGGGAGUGGACCUGAUCAAGUGGGCGCUCGAGAGCACGUUUGGCGCCAUCGACGAACUCCCCGAGAUGCGGAAGCUGGCCCGGCAGAAGCAGGCACCGGGUGACGUUGAUGGCGCCACGGAUGACGAGAAGCAGGACGGCGAAGAGGCAAAGGCGGAGCCAGACGCCGACGGGGACACGAAUAUGGAGGCUGCCGACGAGGAGGUGGAAAGGCCCGUAGCCGGAUACCUGGUCAUGGGCUGUGUCAACGUCAGAUGUUUCGCUAGUGGCGAGCUGGAGCUCGAGUGGGAGGGCAACAUGCUGAACGACGGGUUCGCCGAUGCCGUCAUGGCUGUGCUCCUCACAGUGGAGAGCAGCCCUGCUGCUGUCAAGCGCUCUUCAAGAAAACACUCGCACUCGCACUCACAAGACGACUCGUUCGUCCUCCCGACACGAAACCUGCACGCCCAUCUCAGCCCGGAAGAGCGGCUGGAGAGGCUUUUCAUGUUCCUGGAGGCGCAGUUCGGCGCGGACCACGUCGAGCCCAUCAAGGAACCGAAGCUGCCGCCGCUGGGUGAGGAAGAAGCCAAGGGGGAAAAGAGCGAAGGCGGCAGCGGCGGCGACGCGGACGAGUCCAUGGAGGAGGGGAAGCCGGCAGGCAACGAGGCCAAGCGGCUGGAGGAGAGGCGGCGGGCGGAGCUGGCGCGGCUGCACAAGAUCGGGAUCCCGGUGCCCGGGGUCGCCAUCAAGAUCGACGAGAAGCUCAACGCCAAGGUAUGGCUAGAAGACCUCGAGGUCGAGUGUUCUAACAAGGCGUUUGGGGACCGGGUUCGGGUCGUGGUUGAGCGGGCGGCCGAGAUCACGGCGCCCCUGUGGGGCUGAUGUUUUUCGUUGGGUUUGGGCGUGGGAGACGAGCCGUUUUGACUGGAAUAGAUCUCUGAUGUCUUGUGUUUCAGACGGGAGUGUGCUCGUCCUAUCUGUUGCUUGAACCUUUAAAUCUCUGUAGUACCCAUGUAUACUACGCGCUGUCUGCUACUUGAUUGGGCUUGUUUGAUUUGCUGUAAAAAGGGUGUUCAAAACAU